CGUCGGUGCUCCCCGCCACCCCCCCCCCAAAAAAAAAGAAGAAGAAAUAUCCUCCCUGUAGAGUGGAGAUCAUGGAAAUGGAUGCUUCCAGUGUUGUUUCUCAUAGAAUCGACGUUGAAAACGGACGCAACUCUGCAUGUUCCUUUGCCGAGAAGAAGCUGAAACUCUUUGGGUUUGAGCUCAACCCGAACAAGAACAAACAGAGCUCCUCUGUUUUGGAAGCUGAUCACGAAAGUACAAAUUCAUCAACUACAGUAGUCUCGGCUGCGAAGGAGAAGCCGGAGACAGCUGCCGCCGACGAGAACUUGAAGAAGUUUGAGUGCCAAUACUGCUUGAAGGGGUUCGCGAAUUCUCAAGCGUUAGGGGGUCAUCAGAAUGCGCACAAAAGAGAGAGGAUGAAGAAGAAGAGGUUGCAGCUUCAAGCCCGGCGUGCAAGUAUUAAUCACUACCUUCAACCGUUCCAGAACAGCCUCGGAAUCGUCACUUCCCCUGUUUCAGGAGCUCCCCUGUACUAUGAUCCUUCCUUCAAUACCUCCGAUCACCAUCAACAUCAGUUUACUCUGUACGAGGAAUCCAAAAUCAGUUUCGGACGGUACGAGCAAUAUCAUGGAUCCAAUUGGCACACAGAAGCUCCUAUGAUCCCUUUCCAACGGGAUUCUGAUUCUUCUUCGUGUGUGUUCACUCUGACACACGGUGACAGGGGCGGUGCAGACAGGGGUGUCGGUACUAGGACAGCUCCGAGGUUACCGGCAAAACAGGGGUGUAAAUCAUUGGAUCUUCAACUGGGGCUGAGUUUACAAUCUACGAUCCAGAGCUCCACCGGAAGUGGAAUAUAACAGACAUCAUUUUCAGUUUUAUUACAAAAGGGAAAAAUACAGAACGCAUCCGAGGAACAUCUGUAAAUUAUCAAUGUGAUCGGAUAAUGCCAUGAUGUCGGCCGGCGGCGUAGAUACACAAGUGCUGUACUUAGUAUUUAGUUAAUGAAGAUUGAAGCAAAGAUGUUAAGAAAUGAAUAUUUGGGAAUUGAUUAAAUUUGCUAUUUAAUU